AUGUCUCCAGCAGAUUCGGAUCCCGAUGAAGCCAUCACCAAGGAAGAGAUCACCGGCGAAGCUGCAGCACCACCAGCCUCUACUGCUGGUAUUACCAAGGACAUAACGCAGCGUAAUGCCUGUAUCUCAGAGCUUAUGAGGCGAAAACCAAAGGCACCUGCUCAACCAACGAAAAGCGCAUCCACAAAACAAUCAGGUUUGGCAAGAGUAUUUAAAGACCGGGAUGGCCUAGGAGCAUACACCCACGACCCAGCUUCAUUCCCAGCUAAGCGAGUAGUGUACUUUGAUGAUGAUUUUGUGGUAAUAAACGACCUGUAUCCCAAGUCUGCAGUCCACACACUGCUUCUGCCAAGGUCACCGCGCAGUCGUCUCCAUCCUUUCGAGGCCUUUGAAGAUCCCGAGUUCCUCGCCAGAGUUCAGUCUGAGGCCCUGAAGCUAAAGCAGCUAGCCGCCAAAGAACUGCAACGCCGCUUCGGCAAGUAUAGCGAGGCUGACAAGCUUCGUGAAGCCGUGCUGAAUGGUGAUAUCGAGUGGGAAGCCAACGAGCUCCCCAAGGGGCGGGACUGGGAGCGUGAGAUCAAGGUCGGCAUUCAUGCACAUCCCAGCAUGAACGACCUCCAUGUCCAUGUCAUUUCCCGAGACAUGUCUUCAGAGUGCAUGAAGCACCGCAAGCAUUACAACUCAUUCAACACCCCAUUUCUGAUCGAUGUCGCCGAUUUCCCUCUGGCGAAGGAUGACCCAAGGAGGCAUCCUGGGCAUGCUGGUUUCAUGAACGGCGACUUGAAAUGUUGGCGUUGCGGGCAGAACUUUGGCAACAAGUUCAAACAGCUGAAGGAUCAUCUUGCUUUGGAGUUUGAGGCAUGGAAGAAGGAAUGA